GCCGGUUGCUCAGCUAUUGGGAGCAGCGACAGUGUGUCCGGUGGUCGUUGCAUUUAGUGUGUGUUGAUGGGCUCCGAUGCCCUGCGCAACCGACGGUUGAGCUUAAAGUUGAAGGCGUCCGAGUGACCACGAUCUCUUUCACAGGUCUUUUAGUGUGGAGUGUACAGCUGCUUUUGGAUUGAGAAGAAAUGAGUGAUCUAGAAUGGGAAGAAGAGGCAAGUGACGGACGAAGCUUCGACAAUUUUGACGACAGGACAAAUGCAGACAACAAUGGAUACUGCGAAGAUCGUGGUGGCCGAGGCGGAAGAGGAGAACGAGGAGGACGAGGAGGUCGAGGAGGGAGAGGAGGGAGAGAAUUCCAACAACAACGUGACUUGGACGAUGCUAAGUUGGACCGGCCGAGGGAGGUAUACAUCCCGGCGUUGCCAACAGAGGAUGAGGAUGAAAUUUUUGGUUCCGGCAUCAGUUCGGGAAUCAAUUUUGAAAACCUCAACGAUAUCGAGGUUUCUGUUACGGGCGAGGAUCCUCCGGAACCCGUGCAAAGUUUUCAUGCAUCUGGAUUGCAUGAAAACUUACUUAACAACAUCCGCAAGUCGGGGUACAAAAAGCCGACCCCAAUCCAGCGACAUGGCAUUCCGGUAGUUCUCGCUGGGCGGGAUUUGAUGGCUUGUGCACAAACGGGGUCGGGCAAGACGGCAGCCUUCAUGCUGCCUAUGAUAAACAGAUUAUUAGAAAUGAACCUGAAUAUGCAAAGCCCCGACCCGUAUGUGCUGAUAGUCGCCCCGACUCGUGAGUUAGCGAUCCAGAUUCGCGACGAAGGGAGAAAAUUUGCCCACACCAUUCAAGGAAUGAUGCUGAAGGUUGGAAUAUUAUACGGUGGCGCAGACUCGCGUAGUCAACUGCAAGCUAUUGCCGGCGGAUGCCAAAUAUUGGUCGCAACACCGGGCCGUUUAAACGACUUUGUCCGGCAGGGGUACGUCAGCUUUAGAAACGUACGAUUUGUUGUCCUCGACGAGGCGGACCGCAUGCUCGAUAUGGGAUUUCUGUCCUCAAUCGAUGAAAUAAUGAAACAUCCGACAAUGACCCCGAAGGAGAACCGCCAGACGCUCAUGUUUUCGGCCACAUUUCCGUCCGAAAUUCAAGAGCUGGCGGGUAAUUACCUCGAUAAUUACGUUUACAUCGCCGUCGGCAUCGUUGGGGCUGCGUGCAGUGACGUGGAGCAGGUGAUCUACGAAGUGUCCAAAUUCGACAAGCGCCAAAAGCUGGAGGAAAUCCUGGGGAGCGCUGAUCCGACUGGCACGCUCGUGUUUGUCGAGACGAAGCGGAACGCCGAUUUUCUCGCGUCGUUCAUGUCCGAGACGAACUUUCGAGCCACUUCAAUUCAUGGCGAUCGCUUGCAGCGCGAACGCGAAGAGGCGCUGGCACAAUUUAAAACUGGCCGCAUGAAAGUGCUGAUUGCGACGUCGGUGGCGGCACGCGGUCUUGAUAUGAAGACCGUGAACCAUGUGAUCAAUUACGAUCUACCUUCCAGAAUCGAUGACUAUGUUCAUCGUAUCGGUCGAACCGGCCGCGUCGGAAAUAAGGGCCGGGCUACUAGUUUCUACGAUCCCAGAGGAGACGCUCCCAUUGCUAGUGAUCUAGUGCAGAUUCUUCGGCAAGCAGGACAGCCGGUGCCGGACUUUUUAGUAGGACUCGGUGGGGAUGGAUUGGACGCGGUUGAUGGGUCACCCAGCUUUGGUGGGCGCGAUAUUCGCGACUCAUUCGGGAGUCGGGCCAAUGCCCAACCAUCUGCUUUGGAACCGGAGGAGCAGUGGGAUUAAUUGUGCGGGAGGAUAUUUAAGUUAAGAUUGUUUUCUCCUUAUUUUAAUAAUGUAGUCGCGAGCAUAGUUGGUGUGCCCGGGGCUCAUUUGACUCUAUUGCGUUCCUUCAACAAAGGAGUUAAGAACUCACUCUCGCAUCUAGCAGAUGCGUUAUAGAAUUUAAUUGAUCGAUUACUACUUUGUAAUAAACACUAUUGAAAUAAUU